AUGGCCUUGAGAUCUAUUUUCACAGUUUUGGCCCUUGGGAUAUUCGCUUCUUUCGUUUUCGAGAGGAUCAACUUGCUAAAAACAUUCUACGCUAAUGCACCAACGCGGUUGACCAAGAUUAAUAACAUUGGCGCUCAUGAAGUCAAAUUCUCGGAACGCAUAAGGAGCUGUGAGGAUGUGUUACUCAUUGAGAAGCAUCAUCUUGCAAUUCUUGCCUGUGAUGGGGGCCGUGAACGGUACAACACAGUCAUGGGUAUCUUUGCUGGUAAUGUGACCGAAAAUGCAAAACUCUGGGUACAUUACUAUGAGGCCGCGGGAGAAGAGUCUCUCAAGCCUAUCUCACUUACCGGGUUUCCAAAUGCAAACGACUUUCAUUCAUUAGGCCUAGCUUUUGAUGAGCAAACAUCGAAUCUGUUCGUCACAAACCAUGCUCAAGCAGGACCGCGGAUCGAAAUGUUCAAUCUAGAUAUUGAUUCUCUGACGGCUCGCUACAUCCAGACGAUAGAGCAUCCCCUGAUUCAUGGACCUAAUUCAAUCGCAAUCAUCAAUGGACAAGAAUUAUACGUCAGUAACGACCAUUAUAUAACCAAGCGGCAGUCAGUCCUGGUCAGCAACCUCGAGACAUAUCUGGGUACUCCCACUGGCACCGUUGUUCACGUAUCCAUCAAAGGAUCAGAAAUCCAAGCCAAAGUCGUCGCAAGAGUCCCCUUUGCAAAUGGCAUCGAAAUCCUUAAUAGUUCUACCGUUGCAGUGGCAUCUUCCUCCCGAGCAGCUGUGUAUUUCUUUGACACACCUAACCCCACUGCCUUGAAGUAUAAAUCCAAGAUUAUGUUACCAUUUCUCCCGGAUAACCUCUCUGGAUAUGGUGACAAGUUGAUGAUCGCGGGACAUGCGCAUAUGCCUUCUCUGGUAAAGUUUACGCAGUCACGACGCAUCUGCAACGAUCCCGUGGAGUAUGAACAUGCGAAUUCCAAGACCAAGGAGUACUGCGAGACAGCCGAGGCAACUUCUUGGGCCGCUGAGUGGAGUGAGAGUGAGGGCCUGAAGAACCUUUAUGUUGAUACGGAAUACCCUUCAAGCUCGACUGUUGUCAAGGGUGGACGAGUGGGGAUCAUCACGGGUCUUUAUGCCAAGGGAAUUUUGGUUUGGCGGGACGUCAGUUCCAAUCCCAGUUAG